AUGUGGACUGAUGAUGGGAAGUAUUUGGCUGAAGCCCUGGGAGACGCCCUAAUCAAGAGCCUAUCAGACGUGAACGAAGCCCGCCCCAAGGAUCCCAUCUCCUACCUGGCCUGCUGCCUCUACUCCUACAGGUACAACAACAACAUAGGCACCAGGACCCUCCCCGGUGACAAGAACGACAAGAAUGCAAGCCAGGACAGAAACGGCCAGAGCGUCCUACACUUCGCAGCAGGCAGGCCACACGGUAGACCAGCCUUCUAUCGUCUGCUGGAGGAGGCUGGGUGCUCACUAGCGGAUAGGGACCACCAGUACCAGACCCCGCGGGAUGUGGCGAUGCAGGCGGGGCUGAUGGAGAACGUGGCGGCCAUUGAUAAGUGGGUGGUGAACCUGGCUGUGACCGGUAAUGUGGCAGAGCUGCGUCAGUUGGUGCUGGGCGGGUAUGACCAGAUGUUCGAGGUGACUGACUCCGCAGGACGCAAUUUGAUGGAGAUAGCCCACCUUUAUGGCCAGGAGAGAAUAGUCCACUUCCUGACGGAGGCCAUGAACUUCCUGGACAAGAGGGACUGGCUACACAAGGCCAUACGUGUGGGGUCCCUGCCGCACGUAGAGUACAUAGCGGACACAGAGGACGUGGCUGUAGCUAAGGACACUAAGGGCAGGACCUCUCUCCAUCUGGCAACACUGUGUGAAGAGACGGAGAUCAUGCAGUUCUUGGCCAUUCAGUACCCGAUCCUUCUCAUGAUGGGCGAUAAUCCACACCCUCCCCCUCUGGUCACUCCUUCAUUACACAACCUUGCCACUAAAUUAUAUACUGCAUUUCUGAGGAUCCUGGACAGCUAUGUGGGCGAGUAA